AUGGGGCCUCAAACAUUACAGAUGAGGAAACCGACUACACACCACAGAAAUGAGGAAACCGACUACACAUCACAGAAGUCUGAAAGACCAAAAGAUGUCACACUAACACAUGGGGCCACAAACAUUACAGAUGAGGAAACCGACUACACACCACAGAAGUCAGAACGACCAAAAGAUGUCACACUAACACAUGGGGCCACAAAGUUUACAGACGAGGGAACCGUCUACACAUCACAGAAGUCUGAAAGACCAAAAGAUGUCACACUAACACAUGGGGCCACAUACAUUAGAGAUGAGAAAACCGACUACACAUCACAGAAGUCUGAAAGACCAAAAGAUGUCACACUAACACAUGGGGCCACAAACAUUACCGAUGAGGAAACCGACUACACACCACAGACGUCUGAACGUCCAAAAGAUGUCACACUAAUACAUGGGGCCACAAAUAUUACAGAUGAGGAUACCGACUACACAUCCCAGAAGUCUGAAAGACCAAAAGAUGUCACACUAACACAUGGGGCCACAAACAUUACAGAUGAGGAAACCGAGUACACACCACAGAAGUCUGAAGGACCAAAAGAUGUCACACUAACACAUGGGGCCACAAACAUUACAGAUGAGGAAACUGACUACACAUCACAGAAGUCUGAAAGACCAAAAGAUGUCACACUAACACAUGGGGCCACAAACAUUACAGAUGAGGAAACCGACUACACACCACAGAAGUCUGAAAGGCCAAAAGAUGUCACACUAACACAUGGGGCCACAAACAUUACAGAUGAGGAAACCGAAUACACAUCACAGAAGUCUGAAAGACCAAGAGAUGUCACACUAACACAUCGGGCCACAAACAUUACAGAUGAGGAAACCGACUACACACCACAGAAGUCUGAAAGACCAAAAGAUGUCACACUAACACAUGGGGCCACAAACAUUACAGAUGAGGAAACCGACUACACAUCACAAGAUGAGGAAACCGACUACACAUCACAGAAGUCUGAAAGACCAAAAGAUGUCACACUAACACAUGGGGCCACAAACAUUACUGAUAAGGAAACUGACUACACAUCACAGAAGUCUGAAAGGCCAAAAGAUGUCACACUAACACAUGGGGCCACAAACAUUAGAGAUGAGGAAACCGACUACACAUCACAGAUGUCUGAAAGACCAAAAGAUGUCACACUAACACAUGGGGCCACAAACAUUGCAGAUGAGGAAACCGACUACACAUCACAGAAGUCUGAUAGACCAAAAGAUGUCACACUAACACAUGGGGCCACAAACAUUACAGAUGAGGAAACCGACUACACACCACAGAAGUCUGAAAGACCAAAGGAUGUUACACUAACACAUGGGGCCACAAACAUUACAGAUGAGGAAACCGACUACACAUCACAGAAGUCUGAAAGGCCAAAAGAUGUCACACUAACACAUGGGGCCACAAACAUUACGGAUGAGGAAACCGACUAUACAUCAGAGAAGUCUGAAAGACCAAAAGAUAAGUCUGAAAGACCUAAAGAUGUCACACUAACACAUGGGGCCACAAACAUUACUGAUGAGGAAACCGACUACACACCACAGAAGUCUGAAAGACCAAAAGAUGUCACACUAACACAUGGGGCUACAAACAUUAGACUUGAGGAAUCCGACUACACAUCACAGAAGUCUGAAAGACCAAAUGAUGUCACACUAGCACAUGGGGCCACAAACAUUACAGAUGAGGAAACCGACUACACAUCACAGAAGUCUGAAAGGCCAAAAGAUGUCACACUAACUCAUGGGGCCACAAAAAUUACAGAUGAGGAAACCGACUACACAUCACAGAAGUCUGAAAGACCAAAAGAUGUCACACUAACACAUGGGGCCACAAACAUUACAGAUGAGGAAACCGACUACACACCACAGAAUUUUGAAAGGCCAAAAAUACUUGAGGAAACCGACUACACAUCUCAGAAGUCUGAAAGACCAAAAGAUGUCACACUAACACAUGGGGCUACAAACAUUAGACUUGAGGAAACCGACUACACAUCACAGAAGUCUGAAAGACCAAAAGAUGUCACACUAACACAUGGGGCCACAAACAUUACAGAUGAGGAAACCGACUACACACCACAGAAGUCUGAAAGACCAGAAGAUGUCACACUAACACAUGGGGCUACAAACAUUAGACUUGAGGAAACCGACUACACAUCACAGAAGUCUGAAAGACCUAAAGAUGUCACACUAACACAUGGGGCCACAAACAUUACAGAUGAGGAAACCGACUACACACCACAGAAGCCUGAAAGACCAAAAGAUGUCACACUAACACAUGGGGCUACAAACAUUAGACUUGUGGAAACCGACUACACAUCACAGAAGUCUGAAAGUCCAAAAGAUGUCACACUAACACAUGGGGCCACAAACAUUUCUGAUGAGGUAACCGACUACACAUCACAGAAGUCUGAAAGGAAAAAAAAAGUCACACUAACACAUGGGGCCUCAAACAUUACAGAUGAGGAAACCGACUACACACCACAGAAGUCUGAAAGGCCAAAAGAUGUCACACCAACACAUGGGGCCACAAACAUUACAGAUGAGGAAACCGACUACACAUCACAGAAGUCUGAAAGACCAAAAGAUGUCACACUAACACAUGGGGCCACAAACAUUUCUGAUGAGGUAACCGACUACACAUCACAGAAGACUGAAAGGAAAAAAAAAGUCACACUAACACAUGGGGCUACAAACAUUACAGAUGAGGAAACCGACUACACACCACAGAAGUCUGAACGACCAAAAGAUGUCACACCAACACAUGGGGCCACAAACAUUACAGAUGAGGAAACCGACUACACAUCACAGAAGUCUGAAAGAUCAAAAGAUGUCACACUAACACAUGGGGCCUCAAACAUUACAGAUGAGGAAACCGACUACACACCACAGAAGUCUGAAAGGCCAAAAGAUGUCACACCAACACAUGGGGCCACAAACAUUACAGAUGAGGAAACCGACUACACAUCACAGAAGUCUGAAAGUCCAAAAGAUGUCACACUAACACAUGGGGCCACAAACAUUUCUGAUGAGAAGUCUGAACGACCAAAGGAUGUCACACCAACACAUGGGGCCACAAACAUUACAGAUGAGGAAACCGACUACACAUCACAGAAGUCUGAAAGACCAAAAGAUGUCACACUAACACAUGGGGCCACAAACAUUACAGAUGAGGAAACCGACUACACACCACAGAAACUUGAGGAAACCGACUACACAUCACAGAAGUCUGAAAGACCAAAAGAUGUCACACUAACACAUGGGGCCACAAACAUUACAGAUGCGGAAACCGACUACACACCACAGAAGUCUGAAAGACCAAAAGAUGUCACACUAACACAUGGGGCUACAAACAUUAGACUUGAGGAAACCGACUACACAUCACAGAAGUCUGAAAGACCUAAAGAUGUCACACUAACACAUGGGGCCACAAACAUUACAGAUGAGGAAACCGACUACACACCACAGAAGUCUGAAAGACCAAAAGAUGUCACACUAACACAUGGGGCUACAAACGUUAGACUUGAGGAAACCGACUACACAUCACAGAAGUCUGAAAGACCAAAAGAUGUCACACUAACACAUGGGGCGACAAACAUUACAGAUGAGAAGUCUGAAAGACCAAAAGAUGUCACACUAACACAUGGGGCCACAAACAUUACAGAUGAGGAAACCGACUACACACCACAGAAGUCUGAACGACCAAAAGAUGUCACACCAACACAUGGGGCCACAAACAUCACAGAUGAGGAAACCGACUACACAUCACAGAAGUCUGAAAGACCAAAAGAUGUCACACUAACACAUGGGGCCACAAACAUUACAGAUGAGGAAACCGACUACACACCACAGAAGUCUGAAAGGCCAAAAAUGUCACACUAA